AAUUGGAGACCCCAUCCCCCACCUGGUCACUGUUGUUCCAUAGUCCAUGAUGGCGUGGUCCCCAGUGCUCCUUGGUGUCAUCCUCUUGCUGACUGCCUUUCCAGGGUCUACUGUCGCAGGCCGUUCCAUGCCCAAACUGGCUGAUCGGAAGCUGUGUGCUGAUGAGGAAUGCAGCCACCCCAUAUCUAUGGCUGUGGCCCUUCAGGACUACGUGGCUCCUGACUGCCGUUUCUUGACCAUACACAGGGGUCAAAUUGUCUAUGUCUUCUCAAAGCUGAAGGGCCGAGGGCGGCUCUUCUGGGGAGGCAGUGUUCAGGGUGAUUACUAUGGAGACCUGGCUGCUCGCCUAGGCUAUUUCCCCAGUAGCAUUGUUCGGGAGGACCAGACUCUGAAACCUGGCAAAAUUGAUAUGAAGACAGAUAAAUGGGAUUUCUACUGUCACUGAGCUCAACCUACCGCGGUUCCUGCUGUUUUUCCCUCCUGGCCGUAUGCAAAUACAUUAGUUARUGC